AUGUCUUUGGCGAGAGUGAGCAGGGUCUUAGCACCCGGCGGCGCCACGAGUAGUAGUAGUAGUAGUAGCAGCCCUGCCCCUCCUCCUGGUCCUCCGCCGCAUCAUCCAGCGACCGUCGACACGUUCCAGCAAGUCUUCGACACGUGGCUGGCCGAUCAGGACCGGCACCUCCAGGAGCUCGUCUCGGCAGCCGAGCGGUGCAGCGACCAGCCGGAGCUCCUCAGGGGUCUCUUGGGCCGGGUCAUGGGCCAGUACGAGCAGUACUACCGGGCCAAGUCCUUGUCGGCCCAGCAGGACGUGCUGGCCAUGCUGUCCCCGCCAUGGAGGAGCACGCUAGAGGACGCCUUUCUGUGGAUCGGCGGGUGGAGGCCUUCCAUGGCUUUCCACGUCAUCUACUCCAAGUCGGGGCUCCAGCUAGAGACGCACCUGCUCCAGCUCCAGGGGAUCCCUGCCAACGACAACGAUGACUUGGCCGACCUCUCAGGGGAGCAGCUCCGCCUCAUCGACCACCUCCAGCUGCGCACCAUCCGGGAGGAGCGCCACAUAACGGAGGAGAUGGCCAGGGUGCAGGAAUCCGCUGCGGACGCCUCCAUGGUGGAGCUCUCCCAUUUGGCCACCCAGAUGAUCAUGCGGCGGACAACCCCAUGUCUCCGUGUGAACCAGCGGGUGGAUGCCACGUUGGUGGCCAAGGAGAAUCAGAUGGAGGAGCUCCUCCACGCGGCAGACGAUCUACGCCUCAGGACGCUCAGGGCCAUCGUUCACGACAUCCUCACUCCCAUCCAGGCCGUCCAUUUCCUUAUUGCUGUAGCCGAGCUGCACCUACGUCUUCAUGAUUGGGGGAAGCGCCGAGAUGCCGUCGCCACAUCUCACCCCUCCAUCUGA